AUGGACUCACGCGCAACAUACGAGAAACUCAACUCGGCGGAAAAUGCGAGCAUUGAGAACAACCAGAGCCGGAGCCAGUCGUGGCCAUAUUCCAAGCGCCCCUCGGUAGCAACAUGUUUCUUUGCCUUCACGACCGUCCUCUUCAGCGCCCAGUCGCUGUAUCUAUGGGCGAAAUAUAGACAAGCGCUGGCGCCCACGUGUACCAACGCUUUCGAUGCGGGAUACCCAACAGAAUGGGGUGAGCUGCAACAUGAUCCCCGCUGCGAAUUCAUCUUACAAAGUCUUUCUUCAGGCCCGGUGGUCGAGUCAAUCGAGCUGGAGCAAACUACCUUCACCAGCCCGCUGCGCUACAACGCGUCCUCGAAACAGCUGUAUCGUGACUUUGAUCCCACCCAGCCCCAGUACAUCGGUCAGCCCUCGCCCGAUGUUGACGCUGCAUGGGAUAGUCUUUUGGGCGGACAGUUCCUGCUCCUCAGCGACGACGAAGCAGCGGGACUCGAUGACCCGGUCUUGGUUGAUGGUCGCUGGGUGGGAGAGACUGAGAAGCAUACUGACACCGUCCAGGGUCGAGGUAAUGCACUCCCUCCACUGCCUAAACACGCUGCGCAAGGCGCUCUCACCAGAGUACUACGGCCCCGCGCAUUCGGCGCAUCUCGGUAUGUGAAGGAUGCUCCAACCUGGGAGAUUGUAUUAACGCUGGUUGCCCGCAGAGCAUUGCUUCGAACAGGUCCGGCAAAGUCUCCAGUGCGCGGGUGA